UGGGAGUCCGUCUGCCCUUGCCGGCAGGUGGGGUGGCUACCUGGGACCCCAGCAGGGCACAUCUGUCUUUCUUCCUGCUGCUGGGCUUUCUGAAAAGCUUCUAAGUCCCAGUACCUCUUCCAACUCUCCUCUGUUUUAAGGAUUCUUUCUAAAGGUUUGAUUUUUUUUUUUUCCCUUCCCCUUUUUACUGGAGAAGCUUUGGUUGGGUAUUUUUCUCUGCCUUGCUUCUUCGACCCAACCACCUCUCAUCACGCUUCAACUUUUUUUGUGACUUGUUUCAACUUGAGACUGGGAGUGAAUACAUACCUAUAUACAUACAUACAAAUAUACAUUUAUAUAAAUAUUUAUAUAUAUAUAUAUAAAAUUAUUUUCUAAGAGCACAUCUCUCUGGCACUUUUCAUUGAUACCUCUGUCCUUUAACUCUUUGGGAUUUGACAAGCUCCAGACUCUGGCUGUGGAUUCUGCUUGCUUUGCAAAUGGGUAUCUCUUCACAGGAGCUGGGUUUCCAGCACUCACUAAGACAGACCUCGGAGUAACUGGGGACUUGGCCUGCCUUGCCUACCGAGCUUGGGACAGAUCGGAUGGAGAUGAGUUGAUUACAUUCUGUGAAGUAAUAGCUCACCACCAGCCAGGGUUGAAACUACUUUUGCAGCAUCACUUCACCUGUGGACUCUUCUGAAUUUUGCCUUCUUGGGGAAAAAAAACUGGGGUAAGAGAAGGUCAUUUUUAACAAGUUAGCUUCCUUCUCCCUCUUUGGCAAGUUGAUGCAAAGGAUAAGGCUGUGACUCCACUGGAUUGCACCUUCAAAUCAAAAUAGGAGAAGAGCAAGAAGAAAGGGACAAUGGCUUUGAGUGGAAACUGUAGUCGUUAUUAUCCUCGAGAACAGGGGGCUGCAGUUCCCAACUCCUUCCCUGAGGUCGUGGAGCUGAAUGUCGGGGGUCAAGUUUAUUUCACCCGCCAUUCCACAUUAAUAAGCAUCCCUCAUUCCCUCCUGUGGAAAAUGUUUUCCCCAAAGAGAGACACGGCUAACGAUCUAGCCAAGGACUCCAAAGGAAGGUUUUUCAUUGACAGAGAUGGAUUCUUGUUCCGUUACAUUCUGGACUAUCUCAGGGACAGGCAGGUGGUCCUGCCUGAUCACUUUCCAGAAAGGGGAAGACUGAAAAGGGAAGCGGAGUACUUCCAGCUCCCAGACUUGGUCAAACUCCUGACCCCUGAUGAUAUCAAGCAAAGCCCAGACGAAUUUUGCCACAGUGACUUCGAAGAUGCCUCCCAAGGAAGCGACACGAGAAUCUGCCCUCCUUCCUCAGUGCUCCCUGCGGACCGCAAAUGGGGCUUCAUUACUGUGGGCUACAGGGGGUCCUGCACCAUGGGCAGAGAGGGGCAGGCAGAUGCCAAGUUUCGGAGAGUUCCCCGGAUUUUGGUUUGUGGAAGGAUUUCCUUGGCAAAAGAGGUUUUUGGUGAAACUUUGAAUGAGAGCAGAGACCCUGACCGAGCCCCAGAAAGAUACACCUCCAGAUUUUAUCUCAAAUUCAAGCAUCUGGAAAGGGCUUUUGAUAUGUUAUCAGAGUGUGGAUUCCACAUGGUGGCCUGUAACUCCUCAGUGACAGCAUCUUUUGUCAACCAGUAUACAGAUGACAAGAUCUGGUCAAGCUACACUGAAUAUGUCUUCUACCGUGAGCCUUCGAGGUGGUCACCCUCUCACUGCGACUGUUGCUGCAAGAACGCCACAGGUGACAAAGAAGGGGAGAGCGGCACAUCUUGCAACGACCUCUCCACCUCCAGCUGUGACAGUCAGUCUGAGGCCAGCUCUCCCCAGGAGACAGUCAUCUGUGGGCCCGUGACACGCCAGACCAACAUCCAGACUCUGGACCGUCCCAUCAAGAAGGGACCCGUGCAGCUGAUCCAACAGUCCGAGAUGCGGCGGAAAAGCGAUCUGCUCCGGACUCUGACUUCGGGCUCCAGGGAGUCGAACAUGAGCAGCAAAAAAAAAGCUGUUAAGGAAAAGCUCUCAAUUGAGGAAGAGCUGGAGAAAUGCAUCCAGGAUUUCCUAAAGAUCAAAAUCCCAGAUAGGUUCCCUGAGAGAAAACAUCCUUGGCAAUCUGAACUUUUACGGAAGUAUCAUCUAUAGGGGAGGGCCGGGGGUGGGAGAAGAAACGAAUUGUGUCACCAUUUGGAAAUAAACCUCCUAACGAAA